ACCGUCUCGAAUUACUGCGUCAAAAAAGCAGUUAAUCUUUUCUUACGCUUUUUGUUCCCCUCACCCACCAUAACUUGCGCCAUUUCCGUCAAUGAUAUUUACGCAUCCUUUUCCACCGUCCAUCUAUAAACUCCCCACUCAUCUCCACCGUUGAUCUCAUCCCUUAUCCUGAUUUCACUUGCUGUAGAAAUGAACCAAUAUAUGAAGUGAAGCAGAUUUCAUCUCUUCUCUUUUCAACCCCGAGACAGAGACAGAAAGAGCCACACGCUUCAUCACAGGGUUUUGUGAGAAGGUGAAGAUUUGAGAUGGGUAAAGAGGGAGAGAGAGUGGAGAGUGUUGAGGGAUCUUAUGAGUUGAAGAAUUUGGAAGGAGAUGAGGUUUUCGAGGAGGUGAUUGAUCCGGUGAAGCGGUUCGAUGAUCAAGAUGAUGUUGUUGUUGGUGGUAAUGUUGAUGUUGCUGAUACUGAAAGUGCAUUACCUUCCGCUUUUGACGGGGAAGAACUGGAUAAAUUUCAAGAGUCAAUUGGGGUUGCUGGUGAGGGUGAGGGACACUUGAAUGAGGAGGAAGUUGAAGUGAUUGAUACUCGAGAGGUGUCUGAGGAAGAUAAACCGAGACAGCUUUAUAGUUCUUGUUUAGAUGGUACUGAAGAGACUGUCGGUGGAGUAUCUUGUGAUGAUUCUAGUGGGGGAAAGGAGUUAUCUGAUUUAAAUACUGAUGGAAGCAGGGUAUUUCAGGAGAGUAGAGACUUGGUGAACGGAAACUUUGGUUUAUCAAGUGAGAAGAAUGAAGAUGAGGACUUGGUGAAUGGAAACUAUGGUUUAUCAAGUGAGAAGAAUGAAGAUGAGGAUCUUGAAUACGUGACUCCUAGACAAAAUGGUGGUGUGAUUUUGGAAAUUGGAAGCACGGACAAGGUGGAUUAUGCUGUUGAUGAGUUUAAUACAGAAUUGGGAUCUGAUGAAGAGGUGAUAAACCUGGGUGCUGAUGCUGGGUAUUUGAAAGAGGAUGGCUUGGAUCCUGAUCUCGGAGAUGAAAAGAUAGAGGAACAGUGCAAUGCUUCAGGGGAUUCUGUUAAUGAAAUUCAAGAUGAUAAGGUUGAAAGAUCUAUAGAAAUGGAGGAUGAGACUAUUGAUACUGAUGUCAUCGAUAGUGAUACAAAUGGCCAAGAAAUGGGAAUAUCUCAUACUGCUGAGGAUGAUCAAUCCGGAUCAAAUUCAGAGCACCUGGAAACAAUUGGCGAAGCAGGAGGAUCUUCUCUGGCUGUGGAUGAAAUUCGAGAUGAUAUGGCUGGAAGAUCUAUAGAAAUGGAGGUUGAGACCGUUGACACUGAUAUCAUUGACAGAGAUACUAAUGGCCGAGAAAUGGGAAUAGCUGAUACAACCGAGGAUGAUCAUGCCGGAUCAAAUUCAGAGCAUCUGGAAACAAUUGGUGACACAUCUUCUCCGGCUGUGGAUGAGAGGAAUGUGAUUGGAACUGCUGUAAGCUCAUCCUUGUCAGAAAAUUCUUUUGCUAAUGAAAUGCCGACUGUUCAGGCUACUGCAGUUGAUUCAGAAGAAGUGAUUGAAACAGAAGGAUCUUCUCCAGCUUUGGAUGAAAAAAUAGUGACUGAAACUGUUGGAAGUUCAUCUCCAUCAGAAAACUCUUUUGCUAAUGAGAUGCCGACUGUUCAGGCUACUGCAGCUGAAACAGGAGGAUCUUCUCCGGCCUUGGAUGAUAAAACAGUGACUGAAACUGUUGGAAGCUCAUCUUCAUCAGAAAAAUCUUUUGCUAAUGAGAUGCCAACUAUUCAGGCUGCUGCAGCUGAUCCAGAAGAAGGGAAUACUAAAGUUUACCUGUCUAAGAUUUCGAAUGAAGAAAAUCAAGGAAAUUAUGAAAAGUCAUUUGUUGUUCAGGAACCUGAAAAGAUACCAGAGAAUAAUGCGAAAGAGAAGCAAACUACUCAGAUCACUAAAGAACAUGAGCUUGAUUCUUCAUCUGGAAAACCUGUUGGUACUAGUACCCCUCUUGAUCAUCCUGUUGGCCUUGGAUCUGCAGCUCCAUUGAAACCUGCUCCUAGGGUACUGCAGCAGCCAGGGGUGAAUAAUACCAAAGAAAAACAAACCAAUCAGAUUAUUAAAAAUCAGAAUAGUGAGUUUGAUUCCUCAUCUGGAAAAUCUGUUGCUACUAGCACCCCUCUUAAUCGUCCUGUUGGCCUUGGAUCUGCAGCUCCAUUAUUGAAACCUACUCCUAGGGCUGUGCAGCAGCCACGGAUGAAUAAUACUAAAGAAAAGCAAACCAAUCAAAUCACUAAAGAACAGAAUAGUGAGCUUGAUUCCUCAUCUGGAAAAUCUGUUACUACUAGCACCCCUCUCGUUCGUCCUGUUGACCUUGGACCUGCAACUCCUUUAUUGGAACCUACUCCUAGGGUAGUGCAGCAGCCGCGGGUGAAUAAUACUGUAUCUAAUACACAGUCCCAAAAAAUAGAAGACUCCUCAACUGUGGAGGCUGAGGAGUAUGAUGAGACUCGAGAGAAACUUCAAAUGAUUAGGGUGAAGUUCUUGCGGCUGGCUAAUAGGUUUGGGCAGACACCCCACAAUGUCGUUGUAGCACAAGUUCUUUAUAGAUUAGGACUGGCCGAACAACUUAGAGGGAGGAAUGGGGGUCGUGUUGGCUCUUUUAGCUUUGAUCGUGCAAGUGCAAUGGCCGAGCAACUCGAAUCAGCAGGUCAAGAGCCACUUGAUUUCUCUUGUACAAUAAUGGUUAUUGGAAAGACAGGAGUUGGAAAAAGUUCAACGAUCAAUUCUAUCUUUGAUGAGGUUAAAUUUAACACUGAUGCUUUUCGUGCGGGAACAAAAAAAGUUCAGGAUGUUGUGGGAACAGUACAGGGCAUUAAGGUUCGAGUUAUUGAUACACCAGGACUUCUACCUUCCUGGUCAGACCAGCAACACAACGUGAAGAUUCUCCACUCUGUCAAACACUUUAUUAAGAAAACACCACCAGAUAUUGUGUUGUAUCUUGAUAGGUUAGAUAUGCAGAGCCGGGAUUUUAGUGACAUGCCGCUCUUACGCACGAUAACUGACAUUUUUGGACCACCCAUAUGGUUCAACGCUAUUGUGGUUUUGACUCAUGCAGCAUCUGCUCCACCUGAUGGACCUAAUGGUACUCCUUCCAGUUAUGACAUGUUUGUCACACAGCGCUCUCAUGUUGUGCAGCAAGCUAUUCGCCAAGCAGCUGGUGAUAUGCGCCUCAUGAAUCCUGUAUCGUUGGUGGAGAACCAUUCUGCAUGUAGAAUUAAUACAGCCGGCCAAAGAGUGUUGCCUAAUGACCAGGUUUGGAAACCUCAUCUGUUGCUCUUAUCUUUUGCGUCAAAAAUUCUGGGGGAGGCAAAUGCUCUUCUUAAGUUACAAGAUAAUCCACACGAAAAGCCCUACACAGCUCGUGCAAGAGCGCCACCAUUACCGUUUCUCCUGUCAUCCCUUCUGCAGUCAAGGCCACAAUUAAAAUUGCCACAGGAGCAGUUCGAUGAUGAGGACAGUCUCAAUGACGACCUUGAUGAACCAUCAGAUUCUGAUGAUGAAACAGACCCUGAUGACUUACCACCAUUUAAACCUUUGACAAAGGCCCAAAUCAGAAACCUUUCCAGAGCUCAAAAGAAAGCAUAUCUGGACGAGGUUGAGUACCGAGAAAAACUCUUCAUGAAGAAACAAUUAAAGUAUGAAAAAAUGCAACGAAAGAUGAUGAAGGAAAUGGCAGAAUCAGUGAAAGAUAUGCCAAGUGAUUAUGGUGAAAAUGUGGAGGAAGAAAGUGGUGACGCCGCUUCUGUUCCUGUUCCCAUGCCUGAUAUGUCCUUGCCUGCUUCCUUUGAUUCUGAUACUCCCACUCACCGGUACCGUUAUCUUGAUUCAUCCAACCAGUGGCUUGUAAGACCUGUUCUAGAAACUCAAGGAUGGGAUCAUGAUGUUGGUUAUGAAGGCUUAAAUGUAGAAAGGUUGUUUGUUCUUAAAGAGAAGAUACCUGUGUCUUUUAGUGGUCAAGUUACUAAGGAUAAAAAAGAUGUUAAUCUUCAGAUGGAAAUGGCAAGUUCAGUGAAGUAUGGAGAAGGGAAAGCAACAUCGUUAGGUUUUGAUAUGCAGACAGUUGGGAAAGACUUAGCUUACACACUACGCAGCGAGACAAAAUUUUGUAAUUUUAGGAGAAAUAAAGCAACUGCUGGUCUCUCAUUUACUCUCUUGGGUGAUGCCUUGUCAGCUGGUGUUAAAGUCGAAGAUAAGCUGAUUGCAAAUAAGCGAUUUGAGCUGGUUAUUGCUGGUGGUGCAAUGACAGGGCGUGAUGAUAUUGCUUAUGGUGGCAGUUUGGAGGCCACCUUGAGAGAUAAAAAUUACCCUCUAGGACGCUCAUUAUCAACUCUUGGGCUUUCUGUUAUGGAUUGGCAUGGGGAUCUUGCUGUUGGGUGUAAUUUACAAUCACAAAUUCCCAUCGGACGGUAUUCAAACCUUGUUGCGCGAGGCAAUUUGAACAAUCGCGGGACUGGACAAAUUAGCAUUCGAUUAAAUAGUUCGGAACAGCUUCAAAUUGCUUUGAUUGGCCUCAUCCCUCUACUUCAGAAGGUUAUUGGUUAUUCUCAACAAUUGCAAUUUGGACAAGGAUGGUGAUGUUAGAUUAUGUGAGCUUCCGCACAGUAAUAGGAACAGUUUUCACUGAGCAAGUCAAUUUUGGAUUUUAAAUUUUUAGCAGGACAUUCUAUUUAGUGUUGCGAACUUGGAAAUCUAGCCAAAGUUAAUGUCUCUAGUUCGUCACUGAGUCUAACAUUACAUUCUGCAUCCCAAGGGUUUGAUUUCACCGUUUGAAUUAGAUAUCUAUGUCGUGAAUUUUCCAGAUAAGCAUGGCAAUGGCUGGAGCUGACAGUAAAGAUGACGCUAGAAAAAGUACAAUAUAUAUCAAUUGAUUUGGAAAAGGAGGAGGGCAGGCUGGUUGUUGAAAUAUGUAUCAUACUCAUGAGAAGUCCCAAUGUUUCUUGGUGCUCUUGGGUUUUAAAACAUACCGAUAAUUUGGGAGUUCAAAAAUAAUUUGUGAAGCAUGCUGUUUGCUUUAUGUUCUUGGAUUUGCUACAGAUUUAGAUGUGAUAGUUAUUGGUUCUUCAAAUUAUUGUAGAUAACCCGCUUUAUGUGCGCUUUAUGUUUUGAUCCUUUUAUUACAAGGGAUUAAGGACUAUGAAAGAGAGAGAGGCUACAAUUCAAUUACUUGGCAGAUUUGUUGGUGUUUGUAAUCUUCAUGCUUCGAGAUCCUUUUAAUUUUCUGGUAAAAAUGGCUUAUAAGUUA